AUGUUACGGUGGAUUCCUACCAGGAUAUGCCCCCGACUUUGCACAAGAGGCUUCGCCAGUAGCUGCGCCAGGCUCGCACAGGGCCCUGCGUUCUUUGUCAAGCCCAUCACGCCCAAUGACCUGUUCGUCUCAUGCACUGUCUUCAACGAGAAAGGCGCCGUGACAGGCGUGUCGGAGCGGUACCCGAAGCUGUCCUUUCUGCGAGACAGAGGCCUGUACCCGCGCGAUCUGCGGAAGCUGGAUACAUCGUCCAUUGAGGUGAUUCCGUCGAUAGUGGUCAAGCCCACCUGUAUCCUGGUCAACCUGCUGCACAUAAAGGCGGUGAUCGAGAAGAACAGGGUCUACGUGUUCGACACGACCAGCAAGGAAGCGGCGGCGCGACUCGGCGUGCUGAUGUACGAUCUUGAAUCCAAGUUGGCGUCGCACAGCUCGCAGCCUGCACAGCACUACGAGCACCGGGCGCUGGAGUCGAUUCUGGUGAAUGUGAUGACCUGCCUGGAGACAGAGUUCAAGCACCUGUCCAAGCAAUGUGGGCUUGUGCUCAACGAGCUCGAGGACCAGAUCGACCGCGACAAACUGCGCGACCUGCUGAUCCACUCCAAAGACUUGACUUCCUUCUAUCAGAAGUCCCUGUUGAUUAGGGACAUGCUGGAUGAGCUCCUGGAGAGCGACGAGGACCUUGCGGCCAUGUGUCUCUCCCCCGCGCCCGGCACUGUAGAGGCCGACGCCGCGGAGGUCGAAAUGCUCCUGGAAACCUACUACAAGCAGUGCGACGAGUACGUCCAGCAGUCGGGCUCCCUUCUGCAGAACAUCAAGUCCACUGAGGACGUGGUAAAUAUCAUAUUGGACGCAAACCGCAACUCGCUGAUGCUGUUCGAGCUCAAGGUCACCAUCUACACGCUGGGUUUCACCGUCGCCACGCUGCUCCCGGCCUUCUGUGGCAUGAACCUCAAGAACUUCAUCGAGGAGAGCGUCUGGGGCUUCGGUGGUGUCCUCGCCGUCUCCGCGGUCGCCGGCCUCGCCGUCACCGCCUCCAACUUCAAGGCCCUGCGCAACGUCGCACGUCUGACCGUCAUGAACAGCCACUCCACCUCCCCGGGCGCAAAGAAUAUAUCGAGUGCCCGACUCCAUCUCGAUCGCGACGUUCCAACCCUGUGGAUGCGACUUAAGACUGCCUUCCGGACUAUCUGGUUUGGCAAGUCGAGGCCCUCGCGCGAUGGCCGGCAGCGCGAUAUGAUCUGGAAAUGGCUUUUGGACGACACGUCCAAAUGA